CCCAAUUGCUUAGUAUAGAGGCAUGCGUGCUACUGUUCAUUUCUCCUUCUUCAGAAAACACCCUUGUUCUUCGCCUCCCCUCCCAUUAGUACCUCGAAUCUCUUUCUUCCUUGGAUCUCACCCCUUGCUUGGUACUUCACCACCGCAUCCUCCUUCUCCACGUUUCCUCUCCUCAAUUCCCCUACCAAUCGCCAUAUCAACCCCACAUUCUCACACUUGCACCACUCACUCCAUGAACACAUAAAUCCAACCAAUCUUCGGCUACUCUCUCGGCACAUACACAUACGACUCUGUCUCCGAUCGCGCGAGCUGGGUCAUGGUACAGAUCAUAUAUCCAUCCGAACCAGGGACCGACCCAAGUGUCGCUAUUCCCUUGGGCGCAACCCGCCGCAACAUCUUCAUAGUCUUUGGCACUCUCGGGACCUUUAUUGGUCUCCUCUCUACAUUUAUUUUCCAGCAAGCAUCCAAAAAGGACAACAACCUGCGACAGCGAGGACGCUACCUCGUCCCUGCUCAGGGCUACUUUGCCACUAUUUUCUUUGCCCUUCUCUAUAUCUAUCAGUCAUACAAAUACCGCGUCCCCUGUGCGGUUCUGUUCUAUGGGAGCUACUUUGGGAUGGUACCGUUCGUGCUAUUCUUUUCUGCCAGAGUGUGGCGUCUCGUCAGCAGAUUCGACCGCAACACUGCCAUCUAUCAAUCCAGAUUCGCAGAGCCAGCAGAUCUGAUUGCCCUGGGCACCGGACAGAGACGUCUUAAUCCAGGGACUGGGGUAACCAAGGGCCCCACCAUCAUUGGAGCUUCCGAUCCAUCCUCCUCUCCGGUUGAAACACAAAAGCAGCUGCGGGAUCAGGUCCAUGGUUACGAUUCUUAUAGUUCAGAGAGAGAGAAGGUCUUUGAGUUGACCAACAAGACAUUGAAGGAAAUUGCUCUGUCAAAGAGGUGGUACAACCGCUACAAAACCGCCACUGAUAUGCAGAUGCUUGGCGUUGCCGCUGUAUACUUAAUCAUCACCCUGAUUUUGGCGAUCUUUUUCCAGUUCCGGGUCCCUUCCAUCGGCUUCAACCCCGUCUACUACGAGUGUCAUACUGGGCCUGAGUAUGCCUUUCCCUACAUCACAGCACUUAUCUUCCUCUUUAUGUUAUCCCCAUUCAUGAUCUUUCAACUCAAGGGCACCAACGAUGGCUUCGGUAUCCGGAACGAGCUCAUUUUUAUGACGACCUUCUCGGCUCCGUGUGUGGCGCUUUUCUUCAUCAUGCCUGUAGUGCUACCAGAAUUCACCAGGAAGUACUUGGAUAAAACAACAUAUAUAGCCUUAAUCCUCAUCGUGAGCCAUAUCGCUAGUAUCCUGACCCCGCUCGUUCGCCAUUUCAAAGAGUAUCCUCACCAGUGCGCCUAUACUGCCAUGGUGUUCCAGCGGAACACAUAUCGCAGCAAAUUACCUGCAACUGCCUUGGGCUCAAUCGAUCGCAAACAUCGUGCAGGAAAUAAUGGGGCUGACAUCCGGGACCGGUCAGGAUCUGAGGAUAUUCCGCUCGAGGGCACCCGACAGACAGGAGGCAAAGAAUCAUCACUCGGCGCCAACAAAGUACAAUUCACACUAGUCACUACGCCAGCACCUGCAGCCAGAGAUAAGGGCGAUACUCGGGAAGUUUAUUACGCACAGACAUCCACCAGUGGUUCUCCCCUGGGCUACAGCCGAAAGAAUAGCAUCAGUAAUAUCAACCUCACCCUCAAGAGUCUCAUUCGCAGCCACAGGAGAGAACAUUUUGGCAUUGGCAGUAGCACUCACGGAACCAUCAUUGACAGCAAAAAGACCGACUGGGACGAGUUUAUCAAGGCGCUUGAGGACCGCGAACUGUUUGACAGGAUGAGCGCUUUCACUGUCCGAGAGUUUUGCGCCGAGAACAUGAGAUUCCUGUACGAAGUCUCCAGGCUGGAGAAAAGAGCAUUCCAGUAUGAACAUCUGCGAAACCUGACAGCGACACCACAUGAGCUACCUCUUGACAACCCAGCGACAAACCCUUCACUGUCUAUGGUGGAUCAUACCGUCAUCUCGAUGCAGACCUCGCCUGCAACGCCAACCUCUACGAGGCUGACUAAGACUCCUUCUUCGGGAACUAGCCAUUCAACUAUCGCUCCGCUUCCAACUCAAUUUCCCCAGCUUUCAGCCAAGGCCGAUGGUAGUGAUACAAAUCGAACACCACACCGGAUCAAGAAAAUCGUCUCUGUAUCAUCUGUAUCGUCAACAGUGCACAUGCUGGGGCCACGCCGGUCAUCUUCAUCCUACUUUGACGACUCAGAGCCAUCUUCACCCUUGGGGUCAUUUACUUUCCCAAAUCUGCACCGGCAUGGUUCUAGCUCUUCAGCAUUACCUGAUCUAGAACUAGGCAUUGUGCAGGAUCCAUCAGCAAGGCAAACACCAAGCGCCACCAUAUUGGAGUCAUCUCCGCAGAAUAUUCUUACCACACCAGGCGAGGACUUUCGACUUCUACCCAUGCCUCCCACGCUAUUGAUUCAAUUCGAGUAUGUUUACAAGACUUUUAUUGUCAGCGGCAGUCGUCUGGAGGUCAAUUUGUCCUAUGCUACUGCGCAAGAGAUCCAUCAAAAGGCGAAGCGAGGCGAAUGGCAAUCGAGUAUGUUCGACGGAGCCAUUUAUGAGAUUCAAGAGCUCCUCUUCCGCGAUGUCUGGCCAAAAUUCGUAACGUCUUCUCACGGACUCAACUACAACGGUUCUGCUGCUCCAAUGGACCGCACGCGGUUACAAGAAGUCGAUACGGCCAACGCCCACACAACGAACGCGGUCUCGGACAGUCGUUCAUCUGCCUGCUUGUCGCCUGAACAGCAGCCAACAUCGCCUCAGCGGUCGACACCGCCAUCUUCGAUCCUGACACCGUCUCCAAUGUCGUCAAUGUCCAGGGCCGCGUCUGCCAGAGCGAAAGCUGUGUCCUCGAAAUGACGACGCGUUUCCUGAGGAAUGCUCUCGGACAGGAUACAAGGCUUGGUGGACUAAGGAGAACUGGAUGGGGAUCAAUGCUGCAGCAUCGACCUCGCACGAGGGUAGCACAGGUCCACAGCUAGCCCUAGACCAUGAACCACGAUUUCUUCGCCUCACACUCAUCCUGCAUCAGCACAUCUUUUCACCUCUCAAUCUAUCCGGGACACAAUCUACCCACCUUUGUAAAAUAUCCACUCCUUCAUUUUUGGUACCUUUUUUUUUCUGAGUUUGCUGGUACCCGCCAGAUACGUAGCUGCAUCAUUGUGGGGUUGAGAUAGUAGGAACACCAGCACUUUCGGUUCAUGUGCAUUAAUAUAACCAACAACAUUAGACUUCCACAAUAAAGGGGCACUCUACGAGCCUUAGGGACAAGGAGGGCCAUUCCUCAUGAAGGUUGUGUGGCAAGGCAAGACAAUGCAA